AUGCCCGGGGACAAAGUCCCCCUAACCAUAAGCUUAGUUCAAAAUCUUGAUGAUGAUGCUGGAGUAGCUAAGUCCCCUAGGCGUCGCACGAACCAACCGGGCCAAAGGAGAUGCGGAUCUCGAGGUUUCCUCUCAUCCCCGGUGACAGGCCGAUCCGCGCCACUGGGAAUGCGACUGGGGAAAGAAAAUCAGGGCCCGUUCCAGGGAUGGAUAGGUGGCGAGCCGUUCACCUAG